CCAAAUAAAGACUAGUGGCAGAUGCCAGAGAAAGAUAUGAUGGCGGAUAACAGGCCUAACAGGAAAAAUAGCUCCGACGACGGAGGGCCACAGGAGGAGGAGGACAGAGUGAAAACUAAGCCUGUCUCUUGUAGCACUGGGGGAGGAGAUGGGGCUGCUGUCAAACGCACAUCUCAGCAUCUUACCCCUGAAGACGAGGACGAGUCCUCAGCAGACCAACCAGCACCAUGCAAAACCUCCAAAAUUGGCUUCAGCAUGGGCAGUAAGAUGGCGAAGAAAUCAAACCCUAUUUCUAUCAAACUAGGAGCAACGAAACCCAAGGAGACAGUGCCAUCACUUCCUCCAAAAAAGCUGGUGUCAGUUUUUAACGAAGAUGAUGAUAGCGAACCAGAAGAAAUGCCUCCAGAAGCAAAGAUGAGGAUGAAGAACAUUGGGAGGGAGACCCCAACAUCUGCAGGCCCUAACUCCUUCAACAAGGGCAAGCAGGGCUUCUCUGAUAAUCAGAAACUCUGGGAGAGGAAGAUGAAAACCCAAUCUGACAAGUUGUAAAUCACUGCCACAAACUCCUGUCACUAAAUGACAUUUUUAUACUUGUUAACGUUGUGAGAUCUCUACGAAGGCUCUCAUUUUUGUCGCUGCAGCCUUGGUUUGUACAACUCGGCGCACAGCAGUGGAGGCUACUUUCAGUCUUCCACCUUGUGUUUACGCUUCUAACCACAGCUGGUUGAUCUUAACUCGAGAGGAGAAAUUGCCAGGUGUCUCUGGCUCCAGAGAUGUGGAGUGGUGAUGACAAAGGGAGGAGUUGGCCAGAAAAUAAAUUUAAAUUUUUUUUGCUACGUCUUGCUUUUGUUUUGUUGGCUAAUUAGAUGAUAGGGAUAUUUCCUGCUCUCAUGAUGUUACCGUUCUUGUUCCCUCCAUGCGCUGGUUUGGUUUAAUCCUAACAAGCACGUUGCUUGUCUGAUGUUGGUGUAAAAAUGUACAUAGUGACAAUGUUUUAUUUCUUAAUUCACAAACUAGACAGUGGGUUAAAAUAUUAAGUGUAGGGUUUGUUUUUUGUUUUAUUUUGUUUUCAGAUUAAAUUCUUUUUUGAAUUUAGAUCCUCACUUUUACUGCACAGCCCUUUGCUUUCACCAGCUCCCUCACCUAUGAGAACACACUUUUUCUUUUUUUUUCAUUUCUGCCUCAUUCAGCCUGUCAAACAUGCAGCCGAACUCCAGUUUGUCACGCUUACAGUAAAAUGUUUUCUGUUGUCAAAUAUUUAAACAUUGAAUUGUUACCAUAUACACUUUCUUGGUUGCACUUUUGUUAAAAUUAGGUACUUUCCCAAACUCUUUUCCUUUUGAAUUUAAUAUCAUAACUCACCAACAUGUUAUGUGUCUUAAACUCUUUUCCCACUAUCCAAAAUGUGUAGUUUAGAUUUUUCUGCGGAUUACGCAACCAUUCGUUCUGACAUCUCCGAAUAAAAUAUAUCAACACCUA